AUGGGAUGUGAAUUGUUGCCGACUACCCUUUGGAUAGCUUGCAUUCGUGGCGUUGACGCCUACAGUUUGCAUACGAAUCGUUUUUAUCAUCCCAGUGUGUUUGCGGGGUAUGGUAGCGCAGCGCUCAUUGCACAACUAGUGGAGCCAGUCUUGCUUCGUAUUCAAGACAUAGCCGGCAAGUUUAUCAGUCUGCUUAAGACACAGGUAGGGACGUUGACAGAUAUACCUAUUUGGCGCGGUCGAAUGUCCUUCUUUACGUUGACGCAGUGCAAAUCAUUUUGGGGCGUCAGGCCGCAGGCGACGUUUCGACCUGACGCCUGUUCCCCGAAGCUGACUUGA